UGAAGGAUAAUGUGUCAAGGAUGGAGGCUCAGUUGGCAAAAGACGUUGUGCCUUUCAAUUUUCUGACUCCUAUGAGGAUUAUCAGAGAUGCUAUUUUGGCGUUGGGAAGUCCUGCUCCGGUGCUGGUUUCAGAAGGGGCGAAUACUAUGGAUGUUGGAAGGUCUGUGUUGGUUCAGACCGAGCCUAGGACUAGGUUGGAUGCAGGGACUUGGGGGACAAUGGGUGUCGGUUUAGGUUAUUGCAUUGCAGCUGCCGUGGCUAAUCCUGAACGGCUUGUGGUUGCAGUUGAAGGGGACUCUGGAUUCGGGUUCAGUGCGAUGGAGGUUGAGACAUUGGUUCGAUACAAGUUGCCUGUGGUUGUGAUAGUCUUUAACAAUGGUGGUGUAUAUGGAGGUGACCGGAGGAGCCCCGAAGAAGUUACUGGCCCUUUUAAAGAUGAUCCUGCCCCCACUUCAUUUGUUCCUGGUGCAGCCUAUCACACACUGAUGGAAGCUUUUGGGGGCAAGGGUUACCUUGUUGGGACUCCUGGUGAACUGAAGUCUGCCCUUUUGGAAUCAUUUUCUGCACGAAAGCCAGCUGUAAUAAAUGUUACAAUUGAUCCUUUUGCUGGUGCAGAAAGUGGGAGAAUGCAGCACAAGAACUGAGGUAGGCUUUAGCUCAAACAUUUUGGCCUACCAGUUGGAAUUUGGGAGCUGGUCUUCACUUGACAAAUCAAUAAUGUCAAGGGUUCAGUUUGUUAAUGCUCAGUUGUGAAGCAACAAAUACCGGUAAUUUGUAUGUGAUUUGUCUGGUCGACAGUAGAGGCAAAGUGUAUAUCCCAUGGAUAAAGCAUUUCAUAUGUUGUUUUCCCUUUUUUGGAAUUGUCAAGGUUUGUAUGGAUUAUGAAGCAAGGAAUUCUACACAAAAUUUCACAUGUUAUCAAGUGUUGUGAUGAUUGGCAACAGCAUUCUAAUCUC